GGUAAAAAAAAGCGUAUCCCAAAAUCGGUAAUUGAUUAGAGGCAGCACAACCAAGAUGGCGGACCGAACGCCAGGUGGUUCGCAGAAAUCUAGCGCAAAGGCGCUACUAGAGAGCAAGUUGAAGUCCUUCAGCAUUGGCAAAACGGUCGUGCCCAAGAGGACCCUAAGCAAGAAGGAACAAGAGGAAAUCAAAAAGAAGGAGGAUGAGCGUGCAGCUGCAGAGAUCUAUGAAGAGUUCCUGGCUGCGUUCGAGGGAGGAGAGGGCAAGGUCAAGGCCUUUGUCCGGGGGGGCAUUGCUAAUGCAACUAAAGAGGAGGCUGCUUCCGAUGACAAGAAGGGCAAGCUGUAUAAACCCAAGUCUCGCUUCGAAACCGCAGCACCACCGAAAAGCAGCUUCCUGCCUUUGGAAACCCCUCCACAGUUUUUAACAUUAGAUAAAAAACAUACACUGAAGAAAACAACUGAAAAGGGAAAGAAGAAAAGCAACUUAGAGCUCUUUAAGGAAGAACUGAAACAAAUACAGGAAGAGAGGGAUGAAAGACACAAGAUAAAAGGCAGAGUCAGUCGAUUCGAACCUCUCUCUGGGAUGGAGGGAAAACGCUCCUCAGUGGAUGGUUCUUCAAGAAGAAACCGUCCGUCCAGUGUUCUGGACGACUCUGCACCUGGUUCCCAUGACGUCGGAGACCCCUCUACGACUAACUUAUAUCUCGGGAACAUCAACCCACAGAUGAACGAGGAGAUGCUGUGUCAGGAGUUUGGGCGUUACGGCCCUCUGGCCAGCGUGAAGAUCAUGUGGCCGCGGACGGACGAGGAGAGGGCCAGGGAGAGGAACUGUGGCUUUGUGGCCUUCAUGAACCGGAGGGAUGCGGAGAGAGCUCUGAAGAACCUCAACGGGAAGAUGAUGAUGAACUUUGAGAUGAAGCUGGGCUGGGGUAAAGGUGUACCUAUCCCACCUCACCCAAUCUACAUCCCCCCCUCCAUGGUGGAGAAAACCCUCCCCCCGCCCCCCUCCGGCCUGCCCUUCAACGCACAGACCCGCGAGAGGCUGAAGAACCCCAACGCCGCCUUGCUCCCUCCGCCCAAGAACAAGGAUGAAUUCGACAAGACUCUGUCCCAAGCCAUAGUCAAAGUGGUUAUCCCAACAGAAAGGAAUUUGCUCUCUCUCAUCCACCGAAUGAUCGAGUUUGUGGUGCGUGAGGGCCCCAUGUUCGAAGCCAUGAUCAUGAAUCGAGAGCUUAGCAAUCCCAUGUACCGGUUUCUGUUUGAGAACCAGAGCCCAGCACAUGUCUACUACCGCUGGAAACUCUACUCCAUACUACAGGGAGAAGCGCCAACAAAAUGGCGGACGGACGAAUUCCGCAUGUUCAAGAACGGCUCGUUGUGGCGCCCUCCUCCCCUUAACCCCUACUUACACGGCAACUUUGAAGAGGGGGAGGAGCCAGAGGACGAAGAGGAGGAACCUGGGAAGAAAGGAUGUUUAAAAGACGUAGAACGUGAUCAACUAGAAGAGCUGUUGAGAGGUCUGACUCCUAGGAAGGGUGACAUAGCAGAGGCCAUGUUGUUCUGUCUGAGUCAUGCCGAGGCUGCAGAGGAGAUCGUGGAGUGUGUCACAGAGUCUCUCUCCAUCCUCAAGACACCACUUCCCAAGAAGAUUGCACGGUUAUAUCUUGUGUCUGAUGUGCUGUACAACUCAUCUGCUAAAGUAGCCAACGCGUCCUACUACAGAAAAUACUUUGAGGCUAAGCUCUGCCAGGUCUUCUCAGACCUCAAUGCAACAUACAAGACCAUACAGGGUCACCUUCAAUCAGAGAACUUCAAGCAACGAGUGAUGUCAUGUUUCCGUGCGUGGGAGGACUGGGCCGUGUACCCAGAUCCCUUCCUCAUCAAGCUACAGAACGUCUUCCUGGGUCUAGUCAACCUGUCAACUGAGGAGGCGUCUUCCACUCCCAUCACAGUAGAGAAACCACCGUUUGAACACCUAGCCCCUAGUCUGUUGGCCCAGCCUGAGCCAGUGGAGGACAUCGACGGGGCCCCCAUUGGGGAGGACAUGGAUGGGGCCCCACUGGAGGACGUGGAUGGGGUUCCUAUAGGACUGGACGGGGGUGCCGUGGUGGCCGGCGCCCCUCUAGACGGAGCUUCCCUGGGGCUGGAUGAUCUGGAUGGAGUGCCCAUCAAAGCCCCGGAGGAGGACAUAGACGGACUGCCCUUGGAUCGUGCUGCGGCCAAAGCUGCAUCCUUUAAAGUAGCACCUUCAAAAUGGGAAGCAGUGGACGAGUCUGAGCUGGAGGCACAGGCCGUGACCACCUCAAAGUGGGAGAUCUUUGAGCAGCCAGAGGAGGAGAAGAAGGACGAGGACGACAGUGAUGAUGACACCAAGAGUUCUCGUUCAGAGGAGCCUCCCAGUUACUCCAACCCCAUCAGAGACGACUUGGACUCCAAGACCAAGCACUCUGAGAUGAAUGAGGACAGACGCACCAAGCUACGGGAGAUAGAGGUCAAAGUGAUGAAGUUCCAGGACGAGCUGGAGUCUGGGAAAAGGCCCAAGAAGUCUGGCCAGAGUCUCCAAGAACAGGUGGAACACUACAGAGACAAACUGUUACACAAGGAAAAAGAAAAGGAGAAACUGGAACGAGAGAAAGAGAGGGAGAAAGAGAGGGAGAAAGAGAGGGAGAAAGAGAGGGAGAAAAGCGAAGCUCGUUUAAAAGACGCCAAGAAGGAGAAGGAGGAGUCUACUCCGACCAGGAGAGACAGGCGUGGUCUGUCUCCUGUGGUUGCUAAGAAACGGCGUCACAGCGGCUCGCCCGGCAGCCCCCCGAGGAGCAGCAGCAGACGGGCUCGCUCCCCUUCUCCCCGCUCGGAGAGGUCAGAACGUUCCGAACGCUCGGACCGCUCCUACUCCAAGGACGUAGUGUCGUCACGAUCCCGCUCCUCCCACAAAGACUCCCCUCGCGUCACCAGCAGCAAGAAGUUGUCCAAAAGGUCUCCCUCUUUACCCCGCACGCCCAAACGUUCCAGGAGAUCACGCUCCAGAACACCCAAGAAAUCCGCUAAGAAGUCACGGUCAAAAUCACGGUCUCCGCAUCGGUCCCACAAGAAAUCAAAGAAGAGCAAACACUGACAAAUCAUAUCCCUGUUCACUCUCCUCUAUACACCCCCCCCCAACCUCCACCAUACACACCCCCUCUCCAGUGAUGGAUAAAUAAUAUAAUAAACUGGAGUGGCUGCUCCAUUCCCUGCCUGAAUGUUCCUGUGAAGAAGAGGAUGAUGAAGAGGAAGGAGUAAUGGGUAUGCCAUGUUGGGUCUCGAUGUAUCCAGCCUGGUUGCCAGGUGUGGUGUCUCUUGAUCUAGCCGUGUUGCCAUGUUGGGACUAAAUGGAUCCAGCAGGGUUGCCAUGUUGGGACUAAACACAUUUUGCCAGAAUGGAUCUAACCCGAAUAAUAAGAAAUUAUGAUCUGGAUAUGUGUCCUGCCCACUCUUCCACCGCCCAAUAGGGCUAAUCCUUGUAGUAGACCACACCCCCAGUGUGUGAUGUAGUCUUUUUUUUCCCAUGAUAUCCUUUUCUUUUUUUCAUAAAUUAAUAAAAAGGAUUCAUAAUAAAAAAUAAAUUUGUCCUUUAACUUUUUGGAACGCAAAUCGUUUCAGACAAGUCCUAGAAGUCUUCUCCCCCCUGCUGGUUCAGUCCGUUUCCUCUAUUUUGACACAAACCAAAUAAGCAGUAUUUCUCUACAGACGACACCAGAAUGAAUUUGAGGUCAGUUAGAAGAUAGAACUGUUAGAAGUUCAACAGGUAAUAGAUCAGUCAGUCUUUUCUGACAGACAGGAAUCCUAAUGUACCUGUUCAGCGCUGGUAUUAAACAUAUGGCUGUUCUGUGCCUGAGGACACCCCAAACAGACAAAGAUUCUUGCUCAGUCUGUAAUGGCAGAGGUGGAAACGGGAGGAAGUUUGGAACUGUACUUGACAACACUGAAAAUAUACAAGCCCAACUGCUUCCUUUUGUAGAAAUAAACAUAUCAGAUGAUGUGUAACUUAGACUACGCAUAUCUUUAAAAGCAAAAACAACGAUUUAAAUGUUUUUCGAGGUCGAGGGCCAUGCGUCCUCCGAAACACAACCCAACCCAACCACAACCCAACUGCUUGUUGACACAAUGCCCAUCCAACCCAGAAGCCAGCCGCACCAAUGUGUCAGAGGAAACACCGUACACCUGGCGACCUGGUCAGCGUGCACUGCGCCCGCCACAGGAGUCGCUAGUGCGCACUGAGACAAAUCUCUGCUGGCCAAACCCUCCCCUAACCCGGACGACACUGGGCCAAUUGUGCGCCGCCACAUGGGCCUCCGGGUCGCGACAGAGCCUGGACUCGAACCCAGAAUCUCUGGUGGCACAGCUAGCACUGCGCCUUAGACCACUGCGCCACCCGGGAGGCCCUAAUGUUUUUCAAGGUUAAACAAAGUUGGUUGAGUUCAUUCCUUGCUGGGUGUAUAGGUCUAAGGCACUGUAUCGCAGUGCUAGCUGUGCCACCAGAGAUUCUGGGUUUGAGUCCAGGCUCUGUCUCAGUGGUCUAAGGCUGUGCCACCAGAGAUUCUGGGUUCGACUCCAGGCUCUGUCUCAGUGGUCUAAGGCUGUGCCACCAGAGAUUCUGGGUUCGAGUCCAGGCUCUGUCUCAGCCGGCCGCGACCGGGUGGACACUACAUCAGAUGGUGAACUCUGCUACUCCGUUGUCAUGGUCUACAUAAGUACAUUUUAAUAAACAUCUACUCUGGUUACACUUGAGCGAACAGGGAUAUAUCCACGAGGGAUGGUAUAGAAGUUGAUAUCCAGAAAGCUCUGCCACACAGAUUGUUUUUAUUAAACUACAUAUCCACUAGGUGACAGUAUGAUGCUGCUUUAAAGGUUCACAAUUCUAGAGACUUCUAACAAUCCUGUAUUGUGUUAUUCAUUUGUUUUUAAUGUUGUUGACCUUUUUAAAAGUUGCCUACACAUCAACAUCUCAAGCACAGAAGUUUUGCCAUCAGUUCUCAGUCCCACUCGGUCGUGUUUCUGGGAAAGAACAGAUGGAUGUACUGAAAAAUGUGUGCUUACACACAUACACACUCUCUUUCUUACUUUCUCUCUCUCUCUCUGGGGCUACCUAACACUGUAAUGUGUCUUACAUAUCGCUCACUAUGUGCUACGAGCCUCGGUGAGAAAGAACCGUUGUCUUUGCCAGGAUAGGAUUUGGGGUGUUUGCUGUGUAACUGUUCCAUGGGAAAGCCCUGUGCUGAAGGAAUGAUGUGCUGUCAGAUUAGAGAAACUAUCUGUUUAUCUGUCUAUCUGGAAUAGAGUCCUUGCUUGUUUAGAGCCCUGCAUCUGUCCUCACAGAUCCCCAGUGGAGUUUAGCCAAAGAUACAAUGGUAAACUGUCUCCAUGAUGCCGGAUGUGUUGAGUCCCAUCCAUGUGUACAAUACUGGGAGAAAGUCUGUCUUGCUGAGACACUGCAUGGCCAUUAAGGCUGGCUUGGACCACUCCUCUGGAAGUAAAAACCUAAAGCACAGAUGUGAUCUAUAGAGGAUGGCCUCACAGUUAAAGACAUGGGAACACUGCGCGUGUGUGGCCCCUUGGAUAAAGACAUGGGGACAGAGACUGAUUCAGUUUGGAAGUGUCGGUAGUAAGGGAUAAACGAUACCUUUUCAAGCCUCUGAUGUCUUGACGUUUAUGGAAGUACUGUCUAGAAAGACCCCUUGUGACACAUUGUAUUGAUGUGUUAAUCCUCACGAUAUAACAUGGCUGAAAUUGUAUGAUCUAUAAUAAUAAUUCAUUUAAUUUGUAAAGUGCUUUUCUCACACCAAAGGUGCUUAAAAAUUAUUAAAAACAAUCCAAAAUAACAACAUAGAACACACACAGAAUUAUCAGAAUUCCUUUUCUGACCAGCAAGGUCUUGAUAAUGUAUAUAGACUGUAAACUAGACCAUAAAGCAUCUGCUAUAAAACACAUUGAUGGAUUUAUCUAUUGUUAUAGAAGUCAUAGGCUACUUUGGAAAAGUCACCUAAAUAAUUACCCUGGCAUCCAUCUACCCCCUCUAGGCGCUCAAUGUAGAUUCCGGGAAACAAUUGAAUGCAGAAACCAAACAGAGCCAAAAACUAAUUUACGCAACAGUGUCUUUAUUUGCGCACAUUAAGCAUGGGUGAUAAUGUGUUUUUCUACCGGAAUAUUUCGGUUCAUAAAGUAAACUCGAGUUUGGAGUACUACAAGAGCGCCUCUCUGUCUCGCGAUUAAAGUGCAGUCGGCUCUGCUUCCAGUUAGUAAAGGCGUCUACAGGGGUACUUGGGGGUAAUUCAUCCCCCCUUAAGAACAAUGUCUAAUUCCUGACACAAAAAAGCAAUGUUUGGAGAAACAUUUUUUUAUGUAGAUGGUCAUGCUUAGGUGAAUAAACUAUUAAGGGUAA